UUUUUUUUUGGACUGUUUAAUAAGUGUGGCACAUUAGAGAUAAAGUAAGCUGAUAAUGUGCCAUCGAUAUAGGCUACCCAUCGGUGAAACUGAAGUGAGGGAUUCAUAGUGAAUGUAGCUAAUUUAUCUGUGAGCAGAGGUCGAGUCGUUAAGCAAGAGCGGAUUCAUCCCAGCUGUGAAUCCAUGAGCCUUUCAUGUUGGUAAAUCAUUUCAGUUUUAAUUAUAAGCUGACACAGUGCGACCCUUGAGGAAGAAACCACUAAUAAAAUUCUGUAACAUUGGGACUUUUCAAUGCCCCUGUGGAACAUAGGAUGAGUUUAUACUGACCGUAUCUCACUUUACAGGCAAGUGUUUUUUUUUUAAUCUUGAACAUCGUUAUAACAUUUCUCAGUUUGACGAGAUCGUUGUGCAAAGUAUCUGUCAACAAAUACCAUAGGCUACAUCGUCUUUCUCUCUUGUGAGUUUGUUCGUACAGUCUAGUAGGCUAUUUCUCUUUUCCACAUGGGAUCAUAGCCGAGUCCAUACCUAUUGUUUUCUUCCAUGCCCGUGCUGUGGUCCAUUAAAAGCUCAGUGGACCUCAGUCUCUAUAAACUUGUCAGGGACCUGCGGGCAUGGGAGAAGCGACACCUCAGUCUGCUCCAGGGGCAUUCGUACCCAUGUUGGGUGUCGGUUUAGGAGCUAUGCCCGGUGGGGUCGGGAACGGGCCGGUGGUGGCCACCUCCAGAGGCUCAGCGGUGCCACAGCUGCACAACGCCAUAGUGGAGCGUUUGCGCGCCCGCAUAGAGCUGUGCAGGAGGCACCACUCCACCUGCGAGAACCGCUACCAGAGGGGUCAGGCCGAGAGCUCUGACCGGGAGCACGAGAGCACGCUUCACCUGCUCAACAUAGUCCACCAAGGGCCUGGCAACCGAAAGGCAAAGGGCAGUCGUGGCGGAUCGAACCAGCAACCUCCAGAGUACAGCAGGUCCAACGGAGAGCAGAAGGGCUCAGAGGGCGAGCAGAAGCUUUCCACACGUAUAGCGCUUCAAGGAUCUUUGCGAAGGAAGAUCGAGGGACAUGCACCAGGACACAUACCAAAGCAGAAUGGGCUCUCCUGUGGUUUCUCUGGAUCAGACUUUAAGAGGGUCCGUGUGGAUACUGGUGGUCUGGGACAUGGGCCUUGCAACCAUAACCUCACCCAGUCUCACUCUCUUCAAGGGUCCUCAAGCAUGGGCAUGCAGCGGAAGAAUUACAUGAUGCCCCAUGGAGUGGGGUCAGACAUAUUCAACAUGACCCUGAAAGAAAUGAAAAAAGAGCCCAUGGAGGUCCAGUCUUGUGGCCAGCCAAACACAGAGAUGAUUUUUGACUUUAAAGAUGAAGGUGGGGGUCAGAUUGACCCAGAUCUCCAGGAUCUGUUUGAUGAGCUGACAAAGACAGUGCCCCCACUGAAUGACCUGGAGUUUGAGAAGAUACUGAAGCAGGAUGAUACAUUCGGUUUGGAUCUAGGUCGGCCAAACUCAGCAGGCGCAGCUGCGAGUCUGUGUUCCCCGAUGGAGAAGCCGAUCAAGACGGAGCACUCCCCUGAUUUUGGCCAGGUUCACGGUGGCUCGCCACAGCUUCGGCCAGCCUCAGCAGGGCCCUCUUUCACAUUGACCAGCACCUCUUCUACCACCACGUCACAGAAAGCUAACACUCAGGCAGGACACCCCAGAGCUAUGCCCUGCUGGCCAGAAAUAUCUCACGCAGAGCAGCUGAAGCAGAUGGCAGCAAACCAGCAGCAGCCGAGCUCUCUGCUCCAUCACCACCACCAACCACCACCUGUGGGAUUGACCAGCUGGGCUCCCGCUAUGAGCACCCACUCCUCCACCAGCACCUUCCCCCAGGACAAGGUCUCCAGUUCAGCCCCGCUUAGCCAGCAGAGGAUCAGCGCCCAGAGUAAAGGGAUCAACAACUGCCUCUUCAAGUCAAACGGCCACAGUGGCUCCCAUCAUUUGGACAUGAAGGUUCUCAGCACCAAGCCCACGUUGCACUUCAGCCCCAAAGCGCCCCAUUCUGCCAGUCAGCCGAUGCCUAUCAUGGCAAGCUCAGUGAACAAGAGUGCAGCCCAGCAGCAACAGUCCCCUUCGACGGGCCAGAAUCAGCCACAUUCAGCUCUCCAUUUCCAGAACCAACAGAUCUCCACGUCAGGAGGACUUUGUCUGCAACCCAAGUCUGUUCCUGCUGGCCUGCCGUUCAAGCUGUCACAACAGCGACAGGGUGUUCCCCCUGGUCCAAGGCUGCCCACUAAUGGAAGCUUAGGAGUCAUGUCAGGCCAGUCGCAGCCACGGCCCCCAGCACCCAACAGCCAGCAGAAAGGCCCAGCCAAAACUCAGUCCAUGCAGAGACAGCUUAACCAACAACAGCACACCAUCAACAAUUCAGACAAAGACAAUACACAUGAUCAGUUCAGUCGUCAUCUCACGAGACCGCCACCUGAUUAUAAGCAGUCAAGAAGUAUGGUGGGACUUCAGCAAGGAAACAUUUUCACGGGUCAGAACUCCUCUCAGUCUUCCAGCAAUGGCCCAGAGAAUGACCUACAGUCCAUGUCUUGUCACCUCCCAAGUGGGUCUGGUUCAAAGAUAAGUCCGUCACCAUCAGACCGCCGGUUUGGUAUUGGGGCGGACUGUCAUCCGAGUCCUUGUAUCACCCAGUUCCAGCAGCAUAACACUCAGAAUAGAAUUGGACUAAAUCAAAAUAAACCUAAAUUCCUGGGACCAAACACACAAGGAGGUUCCUUUGGGAUGAACAAUGUAGCAGGUGUACAACAUCCGAGAACGACAGCUGACCUGCAUUCCUCAGGGGUGCCAGGACAGGGUCUCGGAGGCUUGAUGACAAAUGUCAACAUGGGCUGGGGCGCAGCCAACAAGCAAGUGACAACUGGACUUGGUGUUAGGCGGCUACCCAACCCACUACAGUCACAGGGUGCGCAGCUGGACAUGCCAAACCACCCGUACCAACAGAGGCACAUCGGCCCACCAAACCAGGUAGCACCAGACAUCGGGAUGCUCCCUCUUAACCCAUCGAUAAGGGACACAGGCCCAAGACCAAGCCAGCCAAUGAUGGGCUCUCCAUCAGCAGUGGGAAACCUUAACCAGGCCUCUCCUGAACAGAGGGUACCAGCGGGCAGCUUUGCUGAGCCCAGUCCCAGUUCUAGUAGCUACCAGAAUAACAGAGCCAACCGCCUGACCUUUGACUUCCUGCCCGAGGGAGACAACACAGUUCCCGGGAUCAACACAGACUCAGACUUUAUAGACUCUCUGCUCAAGUCUGGCUCUGGGAAUGAUGACUGGAUGAAAGACAUAAAUUUGGACGAGAUUCUGGGCAGUCACUCAUGAAUUUGGGUCACAGAUGGCUAAAAAACCGACCCAAAACUCAAAUUAUAGAGGUUAUGUAUGUAGGUGGAAGGGAUAACAUUUGUAAAUAAUGAUAAAAUGGAAUUUUAUAAACUCAUAAUGUUUGUUAUCCAAGUAUACUGUAUUGUUUUAUAUUGUAUUUACUGUGAAAGGAAUUUGUGUUCUGUCCUUAGUACUCAGCAUAUUUUGUUCCUGGUAUAUUGUCCAAGAAACUGCUUUUCAUUGCAGUCACUGUUAUUGUGGUCUGUCUUAUUCAAACUGUAGUGCUGUCCUAUAGGAUAAAAUACCAAAUUCACACUGUGAAAAGAAAACAUUGCUGUGUUGCUUUCAAGUUCAUCUUGGCAAUCCAAGUUAAGUUCCUAAAUCUCCAUCUACUAUUUAGCAUGAUAUGGUAUUUACCUUCAGAAGUUUUGCUACCAUGCACACAGAGAAUCUUGCCACAACAAAUGUUUUCUUACUUAUUGUUUAAGCUUUUUGAUCUGUGGUAGUUUUUGAUGAAAUAUAAAUAAUGUAACCAUUAUUUUUUUUCAUGUGAUAUUUAAUAAUUAUUGGGAUAGUAAUGAAACAUUAUAAUA